UUGUGUUUAGUGAGGGCCACAGGUUAUUUAGUAAGGUGUUGUUUGGACUUUAAACUGUCAGAUAUAUGUAUAUUAUGCUGUACUUGUACAUACUGCAUUUAUUUCCACAGUGGAACCCCACAGGCGGUUAAGUGAAGUUAUGUGAACUCGAUGUCUCUCUUGCUUGCUGUUUUACAUUCUCUGUAACAGAAAAAUUAACAUGGGUCUGCUUCAUUUAAUCUUGAACUGAGGAAGUUGUUUGACAGGAAUUCUCCCGGUUCGCUGUUGAAGACAGUUUCAUCUGUCAAGUGGGACUCGGUUAAUUAAUAAUCGAAAAAUGAAAUGGCGAUGACAGUUUCCUCCGGGUUUGUUAGAUACGAGACUCAAAUGGUGAACCCACCAGUGCUGCCUGUAAAUACUUUCAGCUAACACGUUUGCAGUUCAAAUAACAUCACUUCCAUCAUGCAAGACCUUUUUCCUGCUGGAGUCUUGGUUCAAAUUGAGAAAAGAAAUGUGCUCUGUUUAGGCUGAAAAAACUUCCAACUUUAAAAAAGUUGUAGCAAUUUAUUAUACGACUGUCAUGGCCAAACGUAGUCCUUGGAAGGCUUUUAGAUGGCUAAUGAAUAAGAGAAGGGAUCCCCUGGACCUUGAUGAUGCCACUGCCUUUGAUUUUUCUGAUGACAUCAUUGAUGAUGAGUUGUCCAGUGUGCAUGUACUUACAAAUGUUGCUGCCGAUACUGUGUGUAAUUCCAGUACUGUGAGAAUUAAUGGAGGACGCAUUAAAGUAUGCUUGAAUACUGAUUCGGAGCAAUUAAGACCCACUGCACAAGUUUCACAUGUCAGCCAAGAUUUCUGUAGUGGCUGUAAUAAAAAACAAGAACAUGAGAAGCAGAGGAAGGUUAGAAAGAGACUUUCUAUUGCUGGCAUUUUGUAUCUUCUUUUUAUGAUUGGAGAACUGAUAGGUGGAUAUGCAGCCAACAGUUUAGCAGUCAUUACCGAUGCUUUGCAUAUGUUAACAGACCUGAUUGGUAUCGCUGCUACUUUGCUUGCGUUAUGGAUGGCAUCAAAACGUCCAACCAAGAGAUUUACCUUUGGUUUUCAUCGUGUGGAAGUUUUGUCAGCUUCCUUAAGUGUAUUACUGAUAUACAUACUCACAGGAUUCCUUCUUUAUGAAGCUGUGCAGAGAACUAUUCAUCUGAAUUUUGAAAUCGAUGGAGAUGUGAUGCUUAUAACUGCUGCUGUUGGAGUUGCUGUCAACCUAAUAAUGGGAUUUAUCUUAAACCAGUCUGGUCAUAUUCAUUCUCAUUCCCAUGGACCUCCAGGUAACUUGGCAGACAAAGGUUCUGGUAUUAAUUAUAAACGGAGCAGCCUUGCUGUGAGAGCAGCCUUCAUACAUGCAUUAGGAGACUUGUUGCAGAGUAUUGGAGUGCUUAUUGCUGCUUACAUUGUGAGAUUUAAGCCUGAAUUUAAAAUUGCAGACCCCAUUUGCACAUAUAUAUUUUCAGUGCUUGUUCUUUUUACAACAACACAAAUUAUGAGGGACACAGGACUUAUCAUCCUUGAAGGUGCUCCAAGACACACAGAUGUGGAUCACAUCAGGGAAGAACUAAUUCAAAUUGAACAUGUGGAUUCGGUAGAAAACCUAAACGUCUGGUCUCUGACUGGAGGCAAAACUGCUGCUAUAGUACAUCUACAGCUAACUCCAGGGAGUUCAUCCAAGUGGGAGGAAGUGCAAUCCAAAGCCAGGCAUUUGCUGCAGAGCAUUAAUGGAAUGUGUCAUUGCACUGUACAAGUUCAGAGCUGCAAACAUGCUAUAGACUUAUGCACCAAAUGCCAGGAUUCUGUUAUUUAAUGUCAGAAGUGUGACAAAUAUGUGCAAUCAUUUUCCAAUUACUUGGAUGAAAAAUAAAAUGGCAAAGAAUGAUAGUCCAUACUUUGAAUACAGUGAAACCAAAGGAUUGUGAUCAUAUUUAUGCAGGUGAUAGAAUGUGGGCUGAUGGCUACUAAAAUGUACCCAAGUACUUGAUUGACGACCAGUUUCAUGUAAUUGUUUUCUGAUAUUAUUAGCACUUGUAGGAGGGCUUGUCAUAUUUCUUUGAACUGUUCUUCCAUAGGAUUAGAAACAUUUUCUGCACACAUUUAAGGCAUGCAACUUAUUUAACAUUCACAUAUAAUACAGUAAAUUAUAUUUCAUUUAAUUUUUGGUGAGCAAAGGAAGACUUCCCGUAUAACUUUUGUUGAAGACCAUCUUCUGUUUACUAUAGCCUGUUUGUGUCUGGAAUCUUGGGGGUAGCAAUAUUGUCUAGUACAGAAGUGCUUGUCAAAUGGACAGGGUCACAGCUAAAUGUUUUUUGCAGUAAGUUUGUGACGUGAAAAAUUGUAUUGAUGUUUGCAGUUUACCCUUUUUUGGAUGGUUCCACGUUCUUGAUACGACUGGAUUGACAUCUGACUGACAACUUUUUAGUAUUGUAAAAAGAACAUAAAGUAAAAUUCAUUCAGUUUUAUUUAUUAAAACAGCACUUGAACAAA